AUGCCGAAGCUGGCAAGGAGCCCCCUGGUCCACCUCCGGGCUGGCGUUCGUCGAAGGAUUCGAGACAUCCCUGCCGGGGAGAUCAACUUCACGCAGGACACCUGUGGCGACACCUUCUCUGAUGGGAGGUCGUGCUCCGAGACGCUUCGCCAGCUGCAUCGAGGAGAAGUCGGCUUGCACGCAAGUUUCCUGAACUUGUUCUGCGUGGAGACGAGUGCCGGCGUCUGCUCCAUCAACAACCGGCGCUUGUCGGUCUUGAAGCAGCUGGAGGCUCUUUGGAAGAAGCCCGUUGUGGUCCGGUGCAAGGUGGCGACUCUCCUGCCGAACUUCGAGGCUGCCGUGGAGCAAAUCUACGAGUUGCAGCACAGCGAGACCUCGGCCACCUUCCAGCAGCAGCUGGCGUUAGUGAGGCAACUGAUUCUCCAUCGGGAUUCAGAGUGCCGGGAUGAGAUCGUCAUCCGACAGAGAAACAAGCGCAAGCGCCACAGGAGCUGA